GCUCGAGUGGAGAGAAUGGAGCAAUUCCAGAAGGAAAAAGAAGAGCUGGAUAAAGGAUGCAGGGAAUGUAAACGGAAACUCGCUGAGUGCCAGAAGAAAAUGAAGGAGCUGGAGGUGGCAGAUCCAGAGAGCGGGAAGGGGGAGCUGGAGAAACUCCAGGCCGAAGCCCAACAGCUGAAGAACGAAGAGAAAAGCUGGGAAAACAAAUUGGAGGAGCUGAAGAAGAAGGAGAAGAACAUGCCCUGGAACGUGGACACUCUCAGCAAAGACGGCUUCAGCAAGAGCGUCUUCAACGUCAAACCGGAGGAGAAGGAGGAAACGGAGGAACAGAAAGAGAAGAAACACAAAACCUUCGUGGAGAGAUACGAGAAGCAGAUCAAACACUUCGGGAUGCUGCGGCGCUGGGACGACAGCCAGAAAUAUCUCUCCGAUAACCCUCACCUCGUUUGCGAGGAGACGGCUAAUUACUUAGUCAUCUGGUGCAUCGAUCUGGAGGUGGAAGAG